UAACCCUGAUAGGUUGGGCUUCUUAUAGCCUUGGCGAAGGCGUCCUGCUUCCUGAUUGGCCGCCUUCCACGUCACUCGGGGCCGGAGCGGCGAGUGUGGAAAGUGGGGGAGGCAAGGAGGGAGGGGGCCCGGUGAUAUCAUUGCCCCGGGAAGGCCGCCUCUGGGCUUAAGACGUUCGGAGGACCGGGAAGCGGCUGAGCUCGGUUGCUGCUGCUGCUGCGGAUCGGAAGGCUGUGGCGGAGGCAAGAGGAGAGAGGGAGCCUUGGGCUGGAAUGAGGCAACGCUGCCUGGGCAAACUGAGCUGAGGAGAAGGAAGAAGAGGAAAAGGAGGAAGAACCCUUUGCUUCCUUCUGCAGCCGCCUCCUCCGCCUUGCAUCUACUCGAUCCCAGUAGAUCUCGCGUCCCGGAGCCGCCUCCGGCCCAGAGAGUUCAAAAGCAGCCGGGGAAUUAAUUCAUGGUCGGUGAAGUUGGCCUCGAACGGUGAAGUUGGCUUCGAACAGAUCGAAGGGGAGGCGAAGAGGAGGGCUCCCUGCCUUUGGCCGGAGGGGUUUCUUCGGCCGCCGCUGCCUUUGGCUCUCCGAGGCUCAUGCUGGCCAACCUGUCACCGCCGCCGGGGGACUUUAGGGGGGGAGGGCGGGGGUCUCACUUUAGCCCCCGGCUCCAACUGGACUGAAGCCCUCUUUGCCUGAGCAGGGACUUCUCCGCCGCCUCUCCGCCUCCUCCUCCGCCACCGACUGCGGCUGCAUCCUUUUCCCUGUCACCGUUCCAGAUUCACGUGCAUCACCACCACGGUUUCUCUCCGCCCGGGUUCAACGGCAGGAUCAGCCCCCGGGCUGGCUCUCUUGUCGCCCCAUGAACUGCCUGAAAGAGACCCUGAGCCUGGACCGCUUGGGAGCCGGGAAUAAGCUGUGCUCCCCCUCCCCUUCCUCCUCCUCUUCUUCUUCUUCCUCUUCCGCCUCCUCUUCCUCCUCCUCUUGCCAUCAUCAUCAUCACCACCACCACCAUCAUCCCCAGCCGUCCCUGGUCAUGGCUUCAGCCCUGACCCCCGGCCAGCCGCGAUCGGCCUUGGAUUCGGCCAAACACCACCGCCUGGAGGUGCACACUAUCUCCGACACCUCCAGCCCUGAGGCCGCAGAGAAGGACAAAAGCCAGCCGAGCAAGAAUGAAGACGCGGGGCCCGAGGAUCCGUCCAAGAAGAAGCGGCAGCGGCGGCAGCGGACGCACUUCACCAGCCAGCAGCUCCAGGAGCUGGAGGCCACUUUCCAAAGGAACCGCUACCCGGACAUGUCGACGCGGGAGGAGAUCGCCGUGUGGACCAACCUCACCGAGGCCCGAGUCAGGGUCUGGUUCAAGAACCGUCGGGCCAAGUGGCGGAAGCGAGAGCGGAACCAGCAGGCGGAGCUGUGCAAGAACGGCUUCGGGCCGCAGUUCAACGGCCUGAUGCAGCCCUACGACGACAUGUACCCGGGCUACUCGUACAACAACUGGGCGGCUAAGGGCCUGACGUCGGCGGCCACGCUCUCUACCAAGAGCUUCCCCUUCUUCAACUCCAUGAACGUCAACCCGCUCUCCUCGCAGAGCAUGUUCUCGCCGCCCAACUCCAUCUCCACCAUGAGCAUGUCUUCCAGCAUGGUGCCCUCGGGGGUGCCCGGCUCGGGCCUCAACAGCCUCAACAACCUGAACAACCUGAGCAACCCGUCCCUCAACUCGGCCGUGCCCACCCCGGCCUGCCCUUACGCCCCGCCGACCCCUCCCUACGUUUACCGGGACACGUGUAACUCCAGCCUGGCCAGCCUGAGACUCAAAGCCAAGCAGCACUCCAGCUUCGGCUAUGCCAGCGUCCAAAACCCGGCCUCCAACCUGAGCGCUUGCCAGUAUGCCGUCGACAGGCCCGUCUGAAGGGAGGCAGGGCAGAAGGAAGGCCGGUCCGCCUCGUCGGGGUUUUGUUGUCGUUGCAUUCAGAAGCAAAACAUAACCAUCGGACCUAAAGAAACCAAGGGACGGAGGGGGGAAGCCAUGUCGCACACUUCUGGACCCCCGACAGCAGGCUCCCCUUCCUUAAGGACUUGAGCCGUCGAAGUCAACCAGCUUUGAGCAUUUGGUUUCCCCAAAAGAAACUUUUCCCAAAUAACAUCGGGAGGCAAAGAAAACCCAGCACUCACAAGGAAGACAAGAAGGAAAGGAAGGGAGGGAGGGAGGAGGGAAACCACUGUAAAAAUCGCCUCCUUUCCUUUGUUUUCCAAAGGAGCUUCUUCUCCGGCUCUUGUUUUACUUUUCAUUGACAAUGAAAGCGUGAACCGCAACAGCAACAACAAAAAAGUAUUUCCGACUGCUACACAAGGACAUAUAUUAUAAAUAUAUAUAUAAAUAUAUAUAUAUAUAUAUAUAUAUAUAUAUAAAUGCGGACAACCGUUUGACUGGAUAUGGUAUGCCCCUUUUCAUCUUCCUAUAAGCUUGUUCUUUUUUUAUGUUUCGCUGUUGUUACCAUUCAAAAAGGAGACACACAUACACACAAAAUAUAACAACGGGAAAGGAUGUAUAUAUAUAUGGAAAUGUCAAAAUUAAUUUUAUAAAAAGCAGUUGUUAGUAAUCUCUCUCUCUCUCCACAGUGUUUUUAAAAAAGUUAGGCUUUUAAAAUAAAGCAUGUUACACAAGAGAUUAGGGUUGGGUUUUUUUGUUUUGUUUUGUUUUUUUCCUUUUAUUUUCCGUUGUUGUUGUUGUUUUUGUUUUUUCCGCUUGCGAGCAAGGGAAUGUAUAUACUAAAGGCGACACUGUAUGUUUCUAACAUAUUAUUAUUAUUAUUAUUAUUAUUAUUAUUAUUAUUAUUAAAGAAAAAAAAACACAAGUCCCAUUGUGUGAAUUUCGGUUUUAGAAUAGUACUUCUGGUGGAUGCAAUGGUGACUCUGAAACUGCAAUGUAAAAACAUACCCUGUGUAUAACAUUUCGUAUAAUACUAGUGUUUUUUUCCCUUUUCAGACAGCAUUGGAAAAAAAUGUGUUUUCUUUCAUGGGAGUAAAAUAUACAGCAUACCGUU